CGUGCGUGCGCGUUCAUGAGCCCUAAUAGUGUCGUUCUACUAGUCUCGCUUCUGAUUUCGCUGCUCCAUUGGUAAGGGGCUGGGAAAAUGGUGGCGAAAGUUAGGGUGCAGAAACUAGCUCGUCGGUAUAAGCUGGCUAUUGCAAUCGCUCUGGGUAUUCUUCUGAUCCAAGGGUUGGUGGUUUUAAGCUUUAGCAGCUUGGAAGAGAACGAAAGUCGAGGCGAGAAGACAAGGCAGAAGAAGGCAAGACUGCCUGGACAAGGUGAGACUGCGAAGGAUGGGGACAGUCAACGUAGCAUACUAGGGCGAAAACAUAGUCGAGUAAAAUUGGUGACUAACAAUCCAGGAGCAGUGGGAGCCAAGGGUUGGCAAAAUAGUUCGGUAAAACGCAGGUUCUCCAAACGGUUUAAAGCUCCACCUGGAAGAGAGAAAGAGGCUCAGAAUCAUGACUUUUCUAGCAGUCGAAACCUGACUUUUUUGAAGCUUUCCAUGGUACAGAAUGGGGAUAUUGGCAGUGUAGAAGGAGCACCACAACCCACCAAUAAUGACUUUGUGCCCGAAUGUGAAAUUGUUGGGAAAGAUGCUUUGUCAGCCUUGGCUCGUGCAAACUCGAAACAGUGUCGACAGGAGAUUGCCAGUGUAGUGUGCUUACAUCAAGCUGGGGAGCUGAUGGUGCAGUCAGUGCCACGUUACUGCACACUGUCUGGUAAACCCAGCCCUCUCAUCCAGUGGGAUAUUAUUGCUGAAGAUCUGGCAUCUGUGCAGAACCCUGUGCACAUAGCCUAUGUCCUGGUUGUGCAUGGCAGGGCAACUCGGCAAUUAAAACGAAUGAUUAAAGCCAUCUACCAUAAGGAUCACUUUUAUUAUAUCCAUGUGGAUAAGCGUUCAAACUAUCUACACAGGGAGGUAGUACAGCUAACUCAAAACUAUUCCAAUGUCCGGGUAAUGCCAUGGAGAAUGGUGACAAUUUGGGGUGGUGCAAGUCUUCUUAAGAUGUACCUUCGUAGCAUGACCGAUCUCCUAGGAAUGACAGAGUGGAAGUGGGACUUCUUCAUCAAUCUCAGUGCAACAGACUACCCAACCAGGACAAAUGAAGAGUUGGUUGCAUUUCUGUCCAAGUUCAGUGAUAAAAACUUCUUAAAAUCUCAUGGCAGAGAUAAUGCAAGGUUCAUUAAGAAGCAAGGAUUAGAUCGCCUCUUCCAUGAGUGUGAUCAUCACAUGUGGCGACUUGGGGAGAGACAGAUCCCAGAAGGCAUUGUGGUGGAUGGAGGGUCAGACUGGUUUGUUUUGACACGCACUUUCGUUGAUUAUGUUGUAAACAGCCAGGACAGGCUUGUUUCUAUGUUGAAGCAGUUCUACAGCUACACACUUCUUCCAGCAGAGUCCUUUUUCCACACUGUGCUCGAGAAUAGUGUCAUGUGUGGCACCAUGGUGGAUAACAACCUUAGAGUGACAAAUUGGAAUAGAAAACUGGGCUGCAAGUGCCAAUAUAAACACAUUGUGGAUUGGUGUGGGUGUUCUCCCAAUGACUUCAAACCUCAGGACUUCCUCAGGCUGCAGCAGCUGACACGCCCUACCUUCUUCGCCAGGAAGUUUGAAUCCACAGUCAAUCAGGAAGUUCUUAAUAUUGUGGACUCUCAUCUCUAUGGCCAGUUUCGUGAAGGCACCCCGGGCCUCCAAUCCUACUGGGAAAAUGUCUUUGACCAGGCAGAUGGUAUCAACAGUUUGGGUGACGUCUCUAAGACAAUGUUUACUGCCUUUGUCAGACUUGGACUCCGGAAGUUAGAAACAGUGGAGAAGGGACAAAGCCCACAGUGCAGCUUUCAGGUUGCAGGCUACCCACUUGCUGUGCACUUAUACUUCCACAACGAUCGUUUCCAAGGGUAUUUGUUGUUGCAAGAGCUACAGAACAUGGCAACGGGGAAUGCAGAAAUUUUUGAGAUCUGGGCUUUGCCACAGGGGAUGCUUCAGCUGGUAAAUAGUGGAGAGAAAUUUGAGCGUCUGCAGUCCCUGGAGGUAGGAAUUGACUGGGAUCCCAAGGAGCGCAUAUUUCGUAAUUUUGGGGGGCUUAUUGGACCGACUGAUGAGCCAGUGGCAGUGCAGAAAUGGAUGCGUGGGCACAACUUAACAGCCACUGUUAUUUGGAUUGAUCCCAUAUAUAUAAUUGCAACAUCCUAUGACAUUAUUGUAGAUUCAGAUGUAGAGUUCACACAUUAUAAGCCACCUCUGAACCACCCACUUCGACCUGGCACGUGGACAGUCCGACUUCUGUAUCGCUGGGAACUGCUUGCUGAAACAAAGUUUCUUGUGACUCCUUUAACAUAUCAUAAUAAACAGCCCCUUACAGAAGAUGAUCUUUGGUUACAUGCUGGCCCUGCACAGAUGGAGUACAUGGAUCAAAACUUCCAAGGGCUUGGCAAAAUUUUAAACCUUCCUAGGUCAGACUCUGCCACAGAAAAGGAACUACGGAAUUCUAGACUGGUGGGGAAGCCUUUACAGGACUGGGUGGACCAUAGUAUUAGCCAGUUUUGGUCUGCUGCUGACUUGUGUGCUUCUUCCUCCACUUGUGCUGUUCUGCAGCCUUGUAAUGGCACCAGCUGGAGUUCAUUGUCUCCUGACCCCAAAUCUGAACUGGGACCUGUGAAAUCAGAUGGGAGAUUACGGUAGCAGAACUGGUGACCAUGAACUGAAGCAGAUCAAUCUGCUCUGAUACACAUCAUAAGGAUCUAAGAUAGCACACCAUCUUUCAGUUCAUUGGACCAUGUUUCUCGUGAAAAACGCAUUUUAGCUUGUGAUACUUGAGAACGGUUUUACACACAUUUAAAGUUGGAAAGAGUUCUGAAAAUUAAGGUGUUCUAAGUUAAACUUUCUGAUUAUGUCUCAGAAAGUCGAAGAAAUCAGCUACUCAGCCUGGAAUUCUGAUCCCUUUAAAAGUUUGGGGAUUAAAAACAAUUUGUGACAAUAUCAUGAGUAAUUACAUAAAAGCUGCUUGAGAGCAGAACUUAGUUGUGCUUCUGAGCAGGUGUGAUCUUUUAAGACACACGUCCCAGGAGGCAGUGCUCUUAAGUUUUGCAUGAGUCACAGAUGAAACAAUAAGAGAAACUGAUGUUGUAUUGGUGCAAAAAGGAGGGAGUGUGAGAGAGAGAGAGUUAAGUGAGUUAGUGUGGAGGAUUUUUAAGAGGUUUUUUUUUUAAACAAUGGGUGUGUCUUUAAAUUCAGGCCUUGUGGAUUUCUUUGACAGUCUUUGGAAGAACUAAAAACCAAAGCACAGUGCUGUGUGCACUCUGACUCUUCAUGUCAUUGUUACCUCUGUAAGCAGUUGAGGACAAAAUCUGACAUAGUUGUCCCUAAGCUUGAUGGGAAUGGCUGCAUGUGGCAAAGAAUAGUAGUGGAUUCAGGUGAGGCACUUGCCUUGUGCUGCCACUGCAAUAAGCUGAAUUUCAAAUAGCAGUUUUUGUUUUUUAUUUUUCAUUUACAGAUAGUGACAUUUUUGUAUUGUUUACAUAUGUGUGUGACACAAUUACCUGAAGUCAACAUAAAGUCAGUGCUUCCAUUAUAUGCUGAUCAUAAAACAAAUGAAGUCUGUGCUAAUAAAAUGAUUAGGGAUGUUUUAAGGUCUUUAUUGGCCUGCAUCAAAAACCUAGUUACGUCUUUUAUUUCCACUGAA